AGGAAAACAAAACAACAAUAACAACGACACGAGUGUCAAAUCUCUCCUGGAAUUGAGAGCCCGGGAUUAACCUCUUUCGGGCAUCGCCGUGAUCGUUUUCGACAUAUCAAGUGGACGUACUCGUGUGGAUCGGGACGCGUCGGCUACAUAUCACGGCGCUACUCAGACUGGAUCACUCCGCAAGAUGCCGAGCGGAUUUCUGUGUCAUUUCACGGACUUCACGAUUUCGAUUCGAGUCUGUUUCCAUCACUGGAGUCAACAGGGCUUUCGACUCUACGUCGUGAAGCCCGACAACCACGACAGAAUUUCCUCAUUAGGAUGCCCAUGAUCGGAUGAAACGAUCCCAUCAGCCACGAUGACGAAUGGCUAAAUCUGCUUCGCGCCGUCAACUGUCGCGUGUGUGUGGACAGCCACCCGACAACCAGGCCGUCGGAACUGAAGGUUCAGCAAACACUGAUCUACGCCUGCCCUUCGACUCGUUAGCAGCAAUGGAACCCUGUCGACCGAAAGAACCUGCUUCGUGAUAUCGACGGACUAAUUAGCCCGCCAGCAUCCCGCAGAGUGUAAAACCGCUCGCAGGUUGACGUGCUCAGCCCCGCGGAGUUCGAAGAUCCGCCAUGUCCAGUGCUGACAGCCUAUCUGUCGUUGAAUGGCUUGCUUCCAUUCUGGGGCUGGAGUCGGAGCCGAGUGUACGAUGCCAGAGCAAGAACCCUUGCCUCAUAAUCAGUGAUGAUCAGUACUAACGGCGGCGCGUCAUCGCGAUCAGACUUUGCCGAAUUCUUGGUAUGAACCAUUUGCGUUUGAUUAUUUAGAUUGACAGUACUCUUAACGGCUUUCUAGUGGCCCGUCACGCAAACCUUUUGCACGGCAGUCGGUGAAAGUGCCCUACAAGGCCACUACCACGAUGCAGAGCACAUACGCACACACAGUCCCUGACACCUGUCUGAGGUGCCAUCCAUCGACCGGCUUGCCGAAGAGCCGGGUUCUUCCCUACAUGAUCGACACAAGGAUCCCAGCCGUUGUUCACCUCUCACGGUACAUUUCGUUUGCCGUCUCAAACAGUGUGCGCACGAGCGGAUGGGACCACCCUUGAUCACCAACAUCGACGAAUCGUCAGGGCUUAGCGGUGCAUGAAACAAACCUUCCGAAAGACCAGACAGCAUAGGCUACAAGCUGCCCAAUGCUAAGACCACCAAGAUCGCCCUCCACCAACGGCGCGGUACUAAAUGAUCAUUUUGAGCUCUUGCUAUUUGCCAACGCGUCAAGUUGCUACCACAGAGUUUCGUAGAGCGUCCCAUCGGUGAUCCAGCCCCUCCGCUGUUCUUUCUCCGAGCAGGCAUACGGCAUGUUGGCUCAGCCUUAGAGAUCCAUAUUCAAUGAAGGAUAUGUGGUUCAUCGCUAUGACAUAGGAGCUUCUACCCCUCCAUCCCGCUACCUCUCCCUGUUGUCUUCUCUUGUUGUGACUCGACAAUUGGCCUCGGGAUUUUAUGCUUUUGUUCCGAAAACUCGUGAAAAAGAGCUUGGCCCCUCACAGCCCACCUUCGGAACAGCCUCCUGCACUCUGUUCUACAGACUUGCUUCGCAGUACCAACACUGCCCAAUACGAAUAUGGUGAACACAGGAAAGCCCUCCGGCGGCUGCAAGCUAUGCAGAGCCAGGAGGAUCAAAUGUGAUGAGGGGAAGCCAUUUUGCAUGAGAUGCAAGAAGUCGCGGCGGCAAUGUCCAGGUUACCGAGAUCCGUUCGAGGCCAACAUCCGCGACGAAACGCAAGCGACCAUCAAGAGGUUCAAGAAGUCUAGAGGUGAAGAGAGUUCUGACGAAGAAGGCAAGGAUAUCGCGCCCGUUUGUAACAAGCAGUGCUUGAAGACGGUUGCUGGUCCGAAAUACAAAACGUUCGAUUACUCGAAUCCCGGCGCUUUUCCUUAUCACAAAGACGACGAUUCGACCGAAGAAGACGAAGACAUUCCGGCGUCCAUGUUCAAUUCGCUGGAUGAGCAGGCCUCUUGCUACUUCCUCUCGGAAUUCAUUAUUGUCCCGUUUACUCCCACGGCCCGAGGGUACUACCGGUUUCUCCCUCGGUUCCUGAGCGGAACGAACGUCUCCAAAUGCCUUUCCCAAGCUUACAAGGCUGUCUCUCUGGCUGCGCUGGCCAGCCGCCGUACGGUAAAUGCCAGUGCCGCUCUGUUCCAUGCUCAGGGUCACUAUCUAAGGGCAGUCCGGGCCGUCAACAAAGCUAUAAUGGACCCAGGAGAGGUGUUGAAUGACCAAACUCUUGGGGCCGUGCUUAUGCUGGCUUUCUACGAGAUUUUGACGUCUUCUCGAGACUCUAUCGCCGAGUACACCAACCACAUGAAGGGUGCGGCAAUCAUUGUCAAACUAAGGGGUCAAAAGGGUCUCGAGACACCGGAAGGCGAAGAGAUGUUCGCAAUUACCCGGAAUCAGUGCCUCUCCAUCCACUGUCUUCCAAACUCUCCCGAAGUAUCCGAAUUCACAUGGCUUCUGCAUCACGAAUGCCGUGGUCGUAUGCAGCACGCCAUUGCCAGCAUGGAUAUCCAGAGCAGUCAAAUUCGACAAGACGUUGACCGAGUUCUUGGGGCGGGUGAUCGCAAGCCAGAGACAAUCCAAAAGGUGCUCGAUGCUCUCAAGCGUGCUCAAGCGUUGGAGGCCAAAUUCCGCAAACUCAACAACGAUCCCAGCCCGCAGUGGAAAGUCGAUACAGUGGAGUGGAUACUGGAGCGAUCGGACGACGAGCUCGACACGACCCCAACGUUCCCGGGGCCUGUGUACGGGUUCUUCAACUUGCCUCUCGCAAUCUUGCAUGUCGCCACAUGGUGUUGCCAUCUGAUGCUCACCACAACGAUUCUGCGGUGCAUGGCCUGGCUUGUGUCCCCCGACGACUACCGGAUGGGAGAGGAGUAUGAAGAGCUGAAACGCUCGGCCAUCCUGCGUAUCGAAGACACCAUCGCUUCGACCCCUUUCUUCUGCAAGUGGAAUGGCUACGGCGUGGUCGUAGCUCAGUUCCCCUGCGGCAACACCAAGCCAGACGACCCUUUGAAGGGUGCUGCAGGACUGAUGGUCUUGUGGCCCAUGGUAACGGCUUGCAGCAGCGACUUUGCAACUCCCAGACAGAGACGGUUCCUGAGGGGUCGUCUCAAAUAUUUGGCAGAGGUCGCCGGAAUCAGGCAGGCCAAUGUUUUUUACAAUAUGCACGACAUCUCUUCUCCAUCCCGAGAAAUCGAGCGAGACCGCAGAUCUGGCGUCCAGUCAUCUUCUGGGGCGGACGCCUUGCUCAGCAUGCCCUUUUGAUAUCGCACAACACGUACAGACGAGAUGAAACGGUCAUUUCCUUCCUACAGCGAGACGAGACCAGCGAUUCUUUCAACUUUCCAUCUCCUUCAUUCGAAUCACAUUAUUUUUUUAACAGCGCCAGCGUCAGCGACUGCUACAUUCCUUGAGUUAUGCAAACUGUACAGAAUUCCCCUCACGUUGCUACAUAUGACUGUUACGGCAAAAGUUGCAUUUGGUACGGUGUGCAUCAUCCGAGAGGCGGCCUCUGGAGGCUCUGCUUCCCGCGCGGUGUUGAUUUCCUAAAGACAGAUGUUAUUUUUAUUUUUCCCCGUCUUUUGAGUUCAUGCGGGUGUCUUUUACAUCAUCAAGCGCUCGUUUCAUGUCUCGUUUAUUCCAAUUUCGUUAAAUGUAAGCGGGGAGCGUAGGAUUUGGUCUCAUUGUAUUUCUCCUUGUUUUAUUGGGCUUAGGUGGGCUACGUAGGGUAGGAAAGCGUUGGACUUAGAUGACUGGGCACGACUUCACGACGAUUGGCAUGAGUUUGACG